AUGCUUGUUCUCCCUGCUGCCAUUUUUCUGGGGAUACUUGCACUCCAUUCAAAUGUGGAAGCUGGCAAAUGUCCUCGAAUGUGCAUUUGUGACAGCACCAAGCUCACAGUAGCCUGUGUUGGUAAGAACUUCACUGAGGUUCCCUCGAGUAUUGACGAGAUCACAGUGAAAUUGGACCUGAGGAAUAACAACCUGCAGAUAUUGCAAAGAGGAGGAUUUGUGCACACCCCUUACCUCACCCACCUCAACCUACAGCGAUGCAACAUCGUCAAAGUGAAGGAAGGGGCUUUCCGCAUGCUGGGCCGAGUGGUCUCCCUAAACCUGGCUUACAACAAAAUUGACAUCCUAUACCAGGAGUCUUUUGAUGGUCUCUCGUCUUUGAAGGAGCUUCUUUUGGACCACAACAAUGUUGAGGAGAUCCAACCUGGAGCCUUCUUACAACUUGGCUCACUAAACAUGCUAACGCUCAUCCACAACCAGUUGGUGUACAUACCCAACAUGGCGUUUCAGGGCCUGCAAAACAUCAAAUGGCUACGUCUCAGCUAUAACUCCAUCAACAACUUGGCUCCCGAGGCCUUUGCGAGCUUAUUCACCCUCACCCGACUCAGUUUGGACCACAACGAACUACAGUUCUUUCCCACUCAGGCCAUGACCAGACUCAAGGAGGUCACGCGCUUGGACAUGAGCCACAACCGCAUGAUCUACCUUGGGGAAGAGUCUGUCUCCAUGGCAAAGCUCACACACUUGUACCUCAGCCACAUGUCCCUCCAGGACCUGUCGGACCAGGCCUUGUCCCAAGCUCCUGUGCUCACCCACCUGGACCUCAGUCACAACCAACUGCGUUACCUGGAACCUCUUAGGGGCCCCAAGAACCUUGCCAGCCUCAACCUCACUGCCAAUCCCAUCUACUGUAGCUGCUACAUGAGGCCCCUCAGGAACUGGGCCAGCAUCGGAGGUGUCAAACUUCUGGGAACCUGCGCGGGACCCGCUCACCUGUCUGAUGAGCCGUUGCGAGCCGUGGCGGCCGCUGACAUGCGUUGCCGCAGCAGGGGUGACCCGCUGAAAGACGAAUUUGAGGAGGAAGUGAUUUCAGUUACCAGCCCGCCAACAGAAAAACCCAAAUCCAAACCCAAACAGAAUGUCAAAUGUCCAGUUAACUGCGACUGUCACAUCGGUUCACAACAUGCCACAUGCGAGAGUCGAGGACACACCAAAGUUCCAAGAGGCUUCCCUAUCAAAACUCAAUUACUAGACCUUCGAGGCAACCACUUCCACAACCUUCCCGCCAACAGUUUUCCGGCCACUUCUGAAGUCAUUUCUCUACACCUGGAAUUUUGCAAAAUUCGCGAAAUCGAAGGUGGCGCCUUCCGGGGAAUGAAAAAGCUGUUUUAUUUGUAUCUGUCCGAAAAUGACCUCACAUCUUUGGUGCCUGAAACUUUCACCGGAACCCCUGAGCUCAGUUACCUUUACCUUGAGGGAAAUCGUUUGGCACAGUUUCCUGGUUCAGCUUUGCGACUUUUACCAAAUCUGUUUGCAUUACACCUGGAACGUAAUGAUAUCUCAAAACUGGAUUCCUCGGGUUUGCUGUCCUCAGUAACCCCGAAACUUAGAGAGCUUUACUUGACCAAUAACACAAUACGCACAAUUUCUAAGGGCGCUUUGGACUCUGCCUUUCUCGGUAAACUUCACCUGGACCGAAACAAGCUGACAAAUGUUCCGACCGCAGCCAUAUCCAACGCCCUCAAUCUGGAGGAGCUCAACCUGUCCCAUAACCGGAUUCUCUCAGUUGGACCGAACGCAUUUCGUCCUAUUUCCGAAAGUCUGAAGUGGCUCUACAUGGAUCAAAUGAGGACUGAAAAGAUGUCUAGGGACGCUCUUGCCGGGCUUGGCCCAGGAUUAAAGGCUCUCAGCGUGAGAGGAAACCAACUGAAGGAACUUCCUGAUUUGGGCUCCCUCACAGGCCUGGAGGUGGUUGACCUUCAAGACAACCCUCUACUUUGUGACUGUACUUUGCUGCCAUUGCACAGGUGGCUGGAGAGUGUGAGUUUGGAAGUGGGCGCUACCUGUGGCCACCCGCCCGAGCUAAGAGGUCGGCAAGUCCGGGAUUUGGAGUUAUUCAAGUCUUGUCCAGAAAACAGCUCUAAAUCCGAUAGAAAGCGUGUUGUUGGUGUGACUCCCUCUCGUGUACAAGCCAAGAAACCCAACGUCAAACUUGUGAAGGCUUCUGGAGUCAAGACUAAACCGGGAAGGAACAACAUAAAACGACCCAAGCCAACAAAGAAAGAGCAUCAAAGGAAACCUGUAGUUGGAACAGUGAACAAAAAGAAGAAACUGAUAAAAACGUGA